CGCGCAGAGAGAGAGAGAGAGAGAGAGAGACAGAGAGACAGAGAGACAGAGAGACAGAAGCUGCCUUUCUGUCUGUCUGUCUACGCUGCGACUCAACGCAUCACCGGCGGCGAGGGGGAGGCUGCACUGCACCUUCUGCCGAGGACGGACCUGAUCCAGCCGCUCUCGCCUCCAGAGCCCCUCCGUAUGGGCUCACCAUGCGCAGGAUACGGGCCAACGCCAUCGCGAUUCUGACCGUAGCGUGGAUCCUGGGCACGUUUUAUUACCUGUGGCAGGACAACAAGCCCCAGUCGUCUUCGCCGUCGUCGUCGCAGACCCGCGGCAGGGGCCAUGGUCAGAAGGUGGUCCCCGGUCGACUGGAGAUCCACCGGGACGACAGGACCAUCCCGCUAAUAGUGAGCCAGCCCCCCCGGGCGGAGCAGCCGGGCCAGCUGCUGGGCGCCUUCGACGAGAAGGCCUACCUGGCGGGGAAGCAGCUGAAGCCGGGGGACGACCCGUACAGAGACCACGCCUUCAACCUGCAGGAGAGCGACCGGCUGGGCGCCGAGCGAGCCAUCAGGGACACCCGGCACUACAGGUGUGCGUCUCUGAACUAUGACACGGACCUUCCCUCCACCAGCAUCAUCAUCACUUUCCACAACGAGGCUCGCUCUACUCUGCUUCGCACCAUCAAAAGUGUCCUGAUGCGAAGUCCUCCAUCUCUGAUUCAAGAAAUUAUCUUGAUAGAUGACUUCAGCUCUGACCCUGAGGACUGCCAGCUGCUCUCUCAGAUCCCCAAAGUGCGCUGCCUGAGGAAUGCCAGGAGAGAGGGUCUGAUCCGAUCACGUGUGCGAGGCGCCAACACGGCGUCAGCCUCCAUCUUGACCUUCUUGGACAGCCACUGCGAGGUCAACGCUGAUUGGCUGCAGCCGAUGAUCCAGAGAGUCAAGGAGGACCAUACGCGAGUGGUCAGCCCCAUCAUCGACGUCAUCAGCCUGGACAACUUCGCCUACCUGGCUGCCUCCGCCGACUUGAGAGGAGGAUUUGACUGGAGUCUCCACUUCAAGUGGGAGCAGAUCCCCAUAGAGCAGAAGAUGGCGCGGAGCGACCCCACGCAGGCCAUCAGGACGCCUGUCAUCGCUGGUGGGAUCUUCGUCAUGGACAAGAGCUGGUUCAACCACCUGGGCCAGUAUGACACCCACAUGGACAUCUGGGGAGGGGAGAACUUUGAGCUUUCUUUCCGGGUGUGGAUGUGCGGAGGAAGCCUGGAGAUUCUUCCCUGCAGCCGCGUGGGUCACGUGUUUAGGAAACGGCACCCGUACGACUUCCCAGAAGGCAAUGCUCUCACCUACAUUAAGAACACCCGGCGGGCUGCUGAGGUGUGGAUGGACGAAUUUAAACAGUACUACUACUCUGCAAGGCCGUCAGCGCAGGGCAAGGCCUUUGGCAGCAUAGCAGACCGCCUGACACUGCGGCGGAAGUUGAACUGCAAACCUUUCCGCUGGUACAUGGAGAACGUCUAUCCUGAGCUGAGGGUGCCGGAGCAGGAAGCGGUGUCCAGUGUGCUGAAACAAGGAGGUUUGUGUCUGGAGACCCGUGGGACCGACACCCUCGGCCUGGCAGAGUGCAGGGGCGUCGGAGCCAUCAGGCCGCAGUCCCAGAGAUGGGAACUAAUAGAGCCGCUGCUCCGGCAGCAGGACCUCUGCCUGGCCAUUUCAGCCUUCACAGCAGGGUCAAAGGUCAAGAUGGAGACCUGCAACACAAAAGAGCCCAGACAGAAGUGGAAGCCCAAAGGCACGGCUCUGCAGCACAUGGUCAGUGGUCUGUGCCUUGACAGUCAGACCCCAACAGGCCCUCUGGUGGCCACUCAGUGUCGCCCCCUGGUGGCCAGCCAGUCCUGGGAGCCACAAAUCAUCACCUGAGCCACAGCGGCCGGGGGAGGAGGAGGGACCCGGCCUGCCGA